UAGAUGCAGGUGGUGUACAUUCAUAUGGACUGUUCCCAACAAAGCAGGAAGGCUGGCACAGCUGAAACAUGAUCAAAACUAUUUUUAUUUUCCUCGCCUUUUUUGGAUUUCUUACCAUGACCACUUAUGUAGUGGUCCUCUAUAGUAGAGAUACAAAUAUCACACCUUUACAGGUAAUCACUUCAUCCAAAUUUAACCUUUGGAAAAACCACACCAGCAAGUCAAAUGAGACUGAGGCAGAUUUGCCAGACUGUCCUGAGACACCUCCAGCUCUGGUAGGACCUUUGCGCGUGGAAUUUUAUUUCACGGUAAAGUUGGAUGCUUUGAGACAGCAAUAUCAAGGGAUUCUUCAAGGAGGAAAAUACAAGCCACCAAACUGCAAGUCCAAGCAAAAGGUGGCAGUGAUCAUACCUUUCCGAGACCGCCACGAGCACCUGGGAUACUGGCUUUACUACUUACACCCCAUAUUGAUGAGACAACAGCUGGACUAUGGGGUCUUCGUAAUCAACCAGGACGGACAAGGAAUUUUCAACCGAGCUAAACUAAUGAACGUUGGCGUUGUAGAAGCUCUGAAGGUCUACGAUUAUGAUUGUUUGGUUUUCUCCGACGUCGACUUGGUGCCACUCGACGAUCGUAACCUUUACAAAUGCUUUGAUAAUCCGAGGCAUUUAGCAGUAGCAAUGGAUAAAUUUGGAUAUGAUUUGCCGUAUUCCAAUUAUUACGGUGGGGUUUCAUCACUUUCUAAAGAUCAAUACAUGGAGAUCAACGGAUUUUCUAACACGUUCUGGGGCUGGGGUGGUGAGGAUGACGAUAUCUACAAUCGGAUUGUGCAUCGAGGUAUGUCUAUCUCGAGGCCCGACAUGGCGACUGGAAGAUACAGAAUGAUCAGACACUUCAGGGACAGGCACAAUGAGCCCAACCCGCAGAACGAAGGCAAACUUCCGCUGUCGGCAAUAAUGAUGCGCAGAGAUGGGCUGAACUCACUCAGUUAUAAGGUCAAGAAGAUCGAGCAGGAUGUCUUGUACACUUUUAUUACAGUGGACAUUCACGCACCAUUGCACUGGGGAAUCCAAUACUGAAGCGGCUGGAGGUUGCAGUGAUCAUACAAUGCUGAAGCCACCACGAGCACCUGGGACUGGAUUUACUACUUGUGUUCCAUUGAUGAGACAAGAGUUGGACUACGGUAUCUUCAUAAUCAACCAGGAUGGAGGGGUUUUCAACGAAGCUAAACUAAUGAACAUUGACUAUGUAGAACCUCUGAAGGUCUACGAUUACGGAUGUUUGGUUUUCCCUGAUGUUGACCUUAAGUUCUUUUUGUUGUUUGUAUUUAUACAUUAUGUUUCUUGUGUGCGUCCCUGAAUCUUCUACUUUCCCAUUAAUCGUGGCUGUCGGACUCCUUGGCUGUGAUUGGAGGACUGUUUCCCAGCCUGGUCAAUCCUGAGGCCCACCUUCAGCCGCCUCCCUCUCUACUUAAGAAGAUUCGGGAUGCCUGUUUGGGGCAGUUGUCCUGUGUGAGGCCAGUUUGUCAUUUCGUGUGUCUCUCGUUUGGUCAAGUCACUACAGGGGUAGUGACUCUGUGAGACACUUUGUCGUCAGUGUUGACUCUGUCAAAAAAAAUUUUUGUUACUGUAAAGUUUGUGUUUUAGUAAAUUUUUUAUCUUUUUUGUUCUUGUUUAAAUCCUUUCAGGGUACCUUUUGUUUAAAUAUUUUUAGUCCCCUUUUGUUCAUUUUACCCUUAACAUCCCUGUUAAUUAAAUUACUUCUUCAUUUACCAUUUUCCAUCUUCGUUUCUUUUGUUACUUCCCUGUCCCCACCCGACCAGGGUCGUAACAGCCACUAUUUACCUGAAAUGAUGAGUAUAAGGAUCAGGUUAACAUUACAAUCAAAUAAUAACUUUUUUUAAUGCAUCUGUUGGUUAUAUUGGAUAUACAUUUUUUUUUAAAUACCACCAUUAACGUUGAUCAUACUACAAAACCAAAUACAAGCUAUACUUCUACAAAACAUCUGUAAUGCAUACACUAAAAAUAUUUAUUUUCUUAUAUAUAUGUACAGUAUUUUUGUAAUGUUUGUUGAUGUAUAACGUUUAUUGUUUCAAAUUAAAUUCAAAUUCCAAGUCGUCAAUGCAUUUAAUGUGCGUCAUGACGAUGUACUUUUCACCAGAGUAUGUAAAUGGUUUGUUUAGACUAAGCAGGGCUAAUCUGUUCACCUUAUUCCACCUCACCCACUUUCAGUUUUGACUGUUAUUGACUCAUACUUUCAUUGUGAUCGCAUUGCAUUUCUAGUUAAGCAGGAAUGUAAUUAACUUCAAUGAAGAACUAGAGAAAAGUGUUGCAGCUAAAAUAUUCUAUCCAGUGUCUUGAUUUGUACAAAAUGUUCAAUGUCUCACAAGUGUUUCUGUCCUGGCACAAACUGCGUAUCUGAUCAUUCAGAAGGUGUUGAAUUAUUGAAAAGAAAACUCUUAGCGUCUUGCCUUGUGCGUUGGCUUUAUAAAAAUAAUUAUUGAUUUUCCACUUUGAUCUAUAUGUUCAAGUGCUCUAUAGUAAAAGUCACAUUUCUCGUAGUACUAUGUCAGCAGCCACCACCCCCAAACAUCAGCACCUAUCCUCCUCUCGGGCCCACCCCCCUCCUCUGAUUGGGUGACCUAUUGAGGUUCCUAUGGAAACCACAGCAGUGAGGCUGCCAUGCACAAUGUGGGGUAGAGGCUUUUGAAUGGUGCUUGAGACUCUUUCUCUCACACAUCUGCAUUAAAAAAUCUGACGUGCCUCAGUCCUUCAUGUGAUGCAAUGGUAUAAGAGAAGGUGCCAGUUACUAGGCAGUUCAGGCUUAUCAAAUAUUAAACUGCUCGUAAUCUGACAAGCUCCUGCUAUCUCGUGAAUUGCAAUCAUCAUGGAGAUAAUAUGAAAAUACGACAUAACUGUUUAGCUUCAUGAAUAGAUGUUUCUUUAGCCAGGUAUAAUUAUAGCAUAAACGUUGUCAGCUGACAUGGCCGGGAUUUACAUGAAAAGAAGUGACUCACUUAAUAUUUUCUCAGUCACGUCUGAGGGGGGCAGUAUUUAGACUGUCACUGAUCCUGAAGGCCUUACACACUAAAAGGCACAAAAGUUGCUGCAGUGUGGGUUUUCAGUUUUGUGUUUUAAUGAAUUGUAAAAUCGAAUUAUCUAGCUAGUGAUUAGAUUGUAGAAUCAAAGAUACCGCUCUCACGUUGGGUGUAGGAGCCAGUUAAACUGGUUUUGGCAUUUUAUAAGACAUAUUAAAAAAGGAAUUUAACACAUUGUAAUUCAUCAUUGUGUAUUGUUUUAGUAUCUAAACCAUUUUCCUUCUGCUCCUGUCAGCUGUGCUCAGGCCUCUAAAAUAAUGUGAAGUUGUUUGCAGUGCAGAAAUCGACCCACAAACCAUUAUAAUAGACAUUUUAUAGUGUAGUUUCCUUUAAGAACAUACUACAAACCUAAAAAUACAUCUCAGUUUAUUCUUUUAUAAUGAAAUCAACUACAGUAACCCAUGAUUCUGUUUGAGCACCAUCAUUACGUACAGGUGUGCACACUAUUCAUAUUAAAUACAGGUGUGUGCACUCGUCACAUUACGUACAGGUAUAUGCACACGUCAUAUUAAGUACAGGUGUGUGCACUCAUCAUAUUAAAUACAAGUGUGGACACUCAUCAUAUUACGUACAGGUGUGGACUCAUCACAUUGUUUGCCUUUGUCUUUAAAGCCAUUUCUCAUCUGAAGUGACAUUCUUACGGCUUAAUAUAGCAGCACUUGAGGCUGGUGAGGACGUGCAUAAUUUCUCCUUAUUUCCCUGUGUAAAUCCUCUUUGGCCUUUGUAGCUAUUUGUUUAGUAUGAAAAUGAUCCAAAACAAAGUCAGUCCUCUGUAACCGGCAUUUACACAUGACCUCAGACAAGGACUGUCCGUGAGCAGCCUGUAGCAUCAGCAGAUUAAUGUUUGGAUGUAGUCACACACAGCGUAGCCGGCUUUGAUCUAGUGGGCUAGUUCAGCUUGGCGUUAUUCUCUUACGUAAGGAUUUUACAUAAACCUCGGCGCGCAGAAACAGCAGGAGCGAAGGGGGGAGAGGGGGGGAGAGGGGGAUUGCUGCACCAUUACAAAGGGGGAUUCGCACUGCACCAAAUCCUACCUCUAAAUUUAUUGUUCUAUCUCUAGCUACAAGUGAAAGUAAUCUAUGUAUCAAACACAUGUAGGUUUAGCAGAGCAUCUGGCCAAGACCUUUAUACUCAACCUCUUUGUGGAAGGAGCUGACGAGGAUGCAUCUGCCUUCUUAGAUACAAAAAUCUAUAUAUUGUAUUGAAAAGCCAUUUUUUUUCUAAGCUUAGACGAUCUAUGUCCAAGUGCAGAACAACAACCACAGAGAGGCUACAAGCGGCGUAUUCCUAGUACCAUCUUUUGCCCAUUUAAUCCUGAGAGCCAUUAAAAUUAUAAAAAGCAAAUCAGGUGACAUAACGCUGGCAUCUGGCUUAAAAUAUUUAGACAAUAGGAGCAAGAUUAAACUAUCAUUAUUGUAACAUUUUGAGGAAGUACAAUAUGUUAGAUUUUGAAAGUUAUCAGAUGUUCCUGGAUGCUUGUCUCAUUUUUAAAGUUCUAAAUGGGCUUGCUCAUUUCAUUAAUAAAAAAAAAUAAUACGGGUAUAAACACCAGAGCAUUAACAAGAGGAGACUGCAAUAUACAAAGGUGCAGAGCUAAAUUUUGCCAAACUGUGGCAUCUGUCAGAAGCUCAAAAUUAUGGAACACACGACCAGAGCACGUUAGAAACUGUGGACACUACUCAACCUUCAAACAAACCCUUAAGAACUGGUUGAAAACACAGCAGUCCUGAACUCAUAGACGACUAUCCAUUUGUCUGGGGCUCUUUAUACUCUAGACUGAGGCACUUCUAUUGUAAAUACUGUAAUAUCGUGUUACUGUGUUCUCAUGUUGUGUGUUUAAAUGUCUAAAUGUCUGUGUUAUCUUUUUGAAUGUUUCAUGUUUGCACCUGCCUUAGGACAACGGAUGAAAUUUAGCUCCAGUGCUAACUCCGGCAUAUUUAUGUGGAAACUUUUUUGUAGACGCAUUGAUUAAUAUGUACUGUCCUAAUUCUAAAAAAAAAAAAAUGGUUUGUCAAAAGCCGAAAUGAAACUGUGCUCUGACUCACAGUAAUAAUAAAUAGACGUUUAGCUC